CGAUCAGUCCGGCAGUUGAGGGCCUCGUGGGCGGUUGCGCAGUUCCGCCACUCUUUCGCUCUGCGUCGGCGAGCCGCUGUUGCAUCGACUCGGCGCCGCGCUUCUUCCGGCCAGGGGCAGAGAGACCCAACACCGUCGGUUUGGAGAGUUUGAGGCGUGGUGUGCACUGCGCGGAUCCGACGUUUCUCACAGGGUCGGACGUGGGAUUAACCCGACCCGGUACUUCUUGCAAGACUCCUUUCUGCAGUUAGUGUGAAAGUUUCGGCAGUUAUUGGCCAGCUCAUUGAUCGCAGGACUUGCAGUACCGGCAGCGUAAGCCGAGGCGCCUGUGCCGGACAUCGCUGAGGAGAGGGACCGUGUAUGGAUAGAAUAGUUUGUCCCAUAAAUAUCAUCGCGCUUGUGAAAGAAGAAAAUCUGAAGGGACACUUUCUCCCGCAUCUGCGCCGUCAGCAUUGCGACAUCUCGUAUAUAAAGUAAUCGCCCAAGUUCGGAUUUGUGUCAGAAUCACUCCACUGGUGCGGACGGGACAGAUCGUCGACAGAGUUCGCUGAAGCGCAUCAGCGAAGAGGCGACGCAACGAGCCUGUCCUAUUGAAAUGCAGAAAAAUUGGAGGAUGCGUUUCAGAGCGUACUUCAGCGACGAUCGCUCGCCCAGUCGACUACCGCGCGUCUUGAGCGGCGGACUUGCCGCUGUGCUGGUGUUGGAAACCCGCGAGCGGCGCCGACGCCUCAAGUGUGAACCCAACCGGUGACCGUACACAGGACCCACAUCGGGGUGCUGCCCCUGCUCUGUGCCCGGAACCGGCAUCUGUCCUCCACCGCACUUCUUCGAAUCGGCAACUUCAAACCGGACUCUUCGGCCAGGCCGUUCUUCAGAUGGCGGCGCCGACUGGAGGCCGGCGUCCGCGUGGUGUCCGUGACCACGCUGUCGUCGGCGGCCAAAGCGACGCGGGGCGUCUUCGUGCUCGGCGAUGGGAAGCAGCUGCCGUCGCGACUCGGCAUCGCCGGCCCGUCCGUCGUCGCGUCAUGCAGGUCUGGGCGGCAGAGCUCGUGGGAAGCUGUGCUUGACAAGCCAUGGCCGUCAGAAUUGUCGGGUUUCCUUUUUCGCUGGACGCUGGGCGCCACCACUUUCGCGCCUGCCUCGGACGACGGCAGCCGGUUCUCCUGGCCUCCGCUCGGUCUCGGCAACACGACCGGCUCUGUGCUGCUGACGGUGUCGGCGUGGCCAGGCUACCCUGUCGCCGGGCGAGGACGACGGCGUUCUCAGCUACGCGCCUCCACCAACGUUACUCUGCUGCGAUGUGCACAGGUGCUCCGUUUCAUGGCGUCACCCGCGGCGUUCGGCGACAGCAGCGUGUUCAGCGCGUCCGUGUCCGGCACUGGUCCGCUGUUCGUGCGCGCUGUCUUCCACGACGGCGCCCAGAAGCGAUGGACCACGAGGCACGACACGUGGACUGUUCGCUUCAGCCGCCUUUACGCCACCACUGGCUCAUUCCACGUCACUCUCAGCUGCACGAACCGAGCCGGCAGCGUCACUCGCUUUGCCGUCGCCGUUGUGGAAGAACCGGUCUCCGGUCUGAGGCUGAGGGUACGCAAGCCGGCGUCCUUUCCUCUGGUGCCACUCGAUGAAACCGUGGAGCUGGAAGCCGAGCUGAUAUCUGGAACGGGACUGACUUUUCGCUGGAAAAUGGACGACGGAAGAUCGAUCAACGAGCCAGCAACCGUGGAAACCCGAGGAAGAACCAGCAUCGCACGUCACCGGUUCAGCGCUGCGGGCACGUACAGCGUCAGCGUGUCCGCCUCCAACGCCCUGCUGACGCCCACGAGUGCCCGUCCCGUGGCCCACAUCGGGCGGCCGUUGAGAGUGGUGGAAGCCAUUGACGGCCUGGCCGCCGACGUCAUCGGAGGCCGCUACGUAGUUCUGCUGCAGCCGUGCCGCAACAGUGGCGACUCUGGAAACGAAGGAAACGCCAGCUUGGUGACGACGCCUUCCUCGAUGCGCGGCACUGGUCGUCGUCGUCGUCGUAGAACCGGCGAGCACUGUCUUCGGGACUGCGGGCAGGAGGAAAGGCAUCCUUCAGAAGAUAAUCCGCUCGAGACAUGGCGAUCACUCUGACG